UGUUGGUUGAUAACAUCAAUAUACAUACGAGAUUGUAAUCCCGUCAUAAUUGUGGCUUCUGAGUGUAUAAUAAUAUUCAUUGUCGGCUUCAACAAGUACUACAACCACUCUUUAAAAUAACCCUGCAGAGGGUAGCGUUUACCCCCGGAUAAUUUUGAGACUAACGAUACGUUUGGCGAAACAAGGGAAACCAUGGAAACCCAAUCGUUGGAUUCCAUAAUCCAAGCACUCGAACCGUACACGCGGUUGGGCAAAAAUAUCUCGCCAUACCUAUCAGCCAUCCAAUCGUUGGAUGGAACAACACCCGGUGACAAAUACAGGGGACUUAACCAGCUAGUGAACGAAACGGUCAAAAAUAAAGAAAAAGUCGGCGGUGACAUAACGACGGAGCUUAUUGUGCCCAAACAAAUUUCCACGGCACUAGUACCGCUUUGGCAAAUUCGAGUAGGCAAGGCUCUGAGGUCAAACGAGGCCGUAAUCCAAGCUCUGACGUCCGAGGACAUACCGGUCAUCAAUCAAGCCUUUCAAGCAAAAUGGUUUUUCAAGGCCACGAACGAAAUCGUGACCGCCGACAACUUCGUUAACAACAUCAUGCCCCUUGUAUCGAAACGCACCCGUUUUCGGAUCAUAAAGGCUCUAUCGCAGGGCCUCAAAGGCAACGAGAAAAAAGCCGAAGAGUUUCACGGAGCCUUCGUUGCUCUGUAUGGCGUUGAAAAAACUGUACCGUUGUUGGCUGCCUGUGGCGAGAAGUACAUCGAAGGGGAAGUGUCGCGAGCUAACAUUCUUCCACCGUACGAGGUGCUAUUUGAUUUGUUCAAAAAGUAUCCAAAUCUCGUGAUCGGCUGUUUAAGGCGGUUUGUACGGGACUUCAGUUAUACGAGCAAAUUUGAUGGUGACGUCAAGUAUAUGGAAGAAAGGAAAAUUUUUGAGAAAUUUUUACCGCACUUGAUAAGACGUCACAUUGCCGUUUUUAUUGAACUGUACCACCCGAAGUAUUACGUAAAAAUAGGCCGUACUAACACCGAUCUGUUCUUUAAACAGGCUAAACAUAUUGUCGUGGAUAAGGCACUUACUUUAAAAAAUCUUUUUUCAGUCCAAACUAUCGGCAAAAAGCUUAGUCUGCGACAGUUUGAAAUAUUUUUUGCAAAACUUUUUCCCGACAAGGCGGACAACUUUCAUUUAGAAGACGUAAUUAAUUAUUUGAAAUGUUACCCGAAAGAAAAACGCGAGCAACUGUUUACCAACGUAUACAGAGCAAAAUAUUCCAGAGAAUUCUCGUUCCAUAAAGACUUUAUUUCUUUUCAGUUACGAUGCAAUAUAAUACAUGAUGACAUAUCAGUCGAACUGUUCGAACAAUUGUUUAUAAAAGUAUUUCCUACGAGACUUAACGACAUUUAUUUUGGCAGCUGCUUUUUUAUUCUGGAAAUCUAUGUUAAGUAUUCGAAAGAACAAAUAUUCAGACUAUUGGAUAAAGCGUCUCUAGAAAAUUUGGGUAAAAGUCUGUUUGAUGAUGUCUUCUCACUCGAGAUAGACGACGAUUUCAAGAAAAAGUUGUUGCGUUUGAUGUCGCCAGAGAAUAGAGCGUUGCAAGUACUCAAAUUUUUGAAAAAGUUGCAUGAAAAGUCCAACGAUUAUUAUGCUUGGUACGUUUACGUACCUCCGAAGGAAUCACUUGUCACUUUUAAGAAUGCGAUCGCAAAGUCGAGUGAUAAAACCAGCAGACAUAGGUUGAUUGAGCACAUGGUACAGUCUUGCGCGGUAGAUUGUAGUAACGAUGACUUGUUGGAUUUUCUUGAGUAUUACAACAGGCGUCAUAAAAAUGAGCAAACACAGCUACUGUGUGAAAUAUUUGAAAUAUUACACGCGUAUUAUGAUCCAAGCAAGUUCGAAAGGUCCCAGUUCAAAGCAUUACUAGAAUUAUUGUGGCGGGUGCAUACGAAGGGCGAACUGACCAAGUAUUUCGAAUUGUAUCAUAUAAAAAUAUUUCUUGACGCUGCAGUUCAUCAAAUAUUGAUUCAGAAUGAAGAUAAUCUCGAAAGUAUGGGGGACGAAAAUCAAGUCAUGCUAAAUGAAAUAUUUGAAAUCAUUGUUCAAUUUAAUUGGUGCAGCGACUGGAUGUUUUUGAAGGAUAAUUACGAACUGUUGGACAGGAAAACUCUACAUUGCGUAUGGAACAAUGUAGAGAGAUGUCUACAUUUCGAUAGAUUUUGUUUUGAAAAGCUCAUGAGUUUGCUUCCCCAAAAGUUCCCAUCCAAACAUUGUCCAAUUCUAUUAGAAAAUUCUAAGUUGUUCACCAAAUCCAAGGUUGCUUAUAGAAUUAUACGAGAAAUGCUUCGUUACAAUGCAGUGAUUGACAAUGUUAAAAUAUAUCACGAUCCCGAUUGUGCUAUCGAAAAGUUAUCUUUGAAGAACUAUCCGCGCCUGUUGGAGAUUAUAAAGCAAUCCUUACAAGACCAACAAUGCUAUGGUGGUCUGAUAAACAUGAUGCGCACACACGAGCCGGAAAUAUUUCAUCAGUAUUACACAAGAGAUGAGAUUGUGGAUGAUGAAACAAUAAAACGCGAGAUAAAAACAGGUGAAGCCAUCGUCAAGCUAAACAAAGAUCAAGGUCUGAUCGGUACUUUUGAGAAUUACCUUGGCGCGUGCCAGGAAUUACUAAAGUGGAACGCAAAAAAUGGUAGCGUGGCAGCUAGGCGCCUGCUUCUCACGACCAAGUGGUACAAGGAUCUGCCCAGCAAAAUUAUCGAAAGCUGCUUGCUCGACAUCAAAAAUCCAGGUAGCCUCAAGGUGCUGGGAAUCAUGUUGGAGGGUGACGUUUUUUCUAAAAUUGUCACACCAUUUUCACCGAAAAACGCUUCGUUUGGCAUUCACCAUCCAGACUUCAAGGAUUACUACGUGCUCCUAAGGGCUGCGUUGUCAGGGAUGAAUUUGACGAGUCCACCAGUAUCAUUCGAUGUGAUUAACAUGUUCUGUCUGGGCGAUUGCGUCAAGUUGGCCCAACAAACAUUUACCAAUACCUCGGAGCGCGUGACCAAGAGCAAAUUCAAAAGGUUUGCCGAGAAGCUGCUUGACAAGCCGAUAUCCGUUAAAAAGUAUGGCAUCCGACUGUUAUUUAAGAUAACGACCCAGGAGGACAUGGUAGCGUUUAUCAAGCGACUCUGGACUAAUGAAACACACUCGUCGAUUCGCCAGAUGAUCGCGAGCUUGGUUGUAAAACGCUUUGUUCUCGAGCCUAAUGACAAUAACUGGGAACUAGUGCAAAUCUGCAUUGAUGCUUUGACAGAAAAAGACGAUGAACCUUUCAAAGUUUUAAGUAACGUUAAAAAAAUGAACAACUACUACAAGAGUCGGUGUAUUAGACAAUUAUUGAGCAAAAUCAAAACGUUUCCAGAUCAAGUGAAUCCUAACGGGGUGUCGAAACUGGAUUGGAUAGGUGAUCUUUUGAAAAAUGCUUUCGAUAUCGAAAAAACGUCGGAAUUUUUGACCGAAGAAUUAAUCCUCGAUAUUGUCAACAAGUACUGUUUUGUAGAACCUUCGGUUUCGACAAUUCGUGUUCUAGAAGGUGCUGAAACUUUUACCAAAAAUGCAUUUGGUCGUCCAUUUACCACAAAAUAUUACAAGUUUAGUUUCAACUCGUAUAAAUAAUUAUAUAAAUUUCUAAUAUCAAAGUUAAGUUUAAGUAAUUUUGAUUGACUAAGAUUUAUUGUAACAUUUAAAAGCAAAGUUGUAUACUAUGUUUGUGUGAAAUAAUAAAUCAUUUGUAAGUUAUAAAUCACAA